AUGGCAUUCUAUUUGAAGACUUUCUACACUGUGUUGGUACUGGCACUGACAGGUAAGGGGUCUCUCCCACAAAUUCACACACACACACACACACACACACACACACACACACACACACACACACACACACACACACACACACACAGUAACACAUAUAUACAGAUGACUGAAUCAUUCAGUCAAUUAAUCCUGUAAAGGAGGGGCCUACAAAUGGCGAUUUGACACGAAAAUUAAUUAAUUUAUUCAUUCACACACACACAAAGUCACAAUUUCAGUGUGAUCAUUGUACAACAUAUCGGGCAAAUUGUUAGCCACUCACAUGAGUCUGUGAGAAAUAACAUUAUUCAGACACAGCUCGUCAGGUUGUAUGAUGCCCUUAAAGUGGCAGCAGUUGCCACACCAUUUUUGUACUUACAGUAUAAAUGAAUGAUAUAUACCCAUUGAUUCUUGAAGAAUAUAACUUAUAAAUGCCUCAUGAGCUUAACCUAGUCAUUCCCCAUCAGAACCCAAAAUAUAAGCUUGUUUUACUCCAAUGUUUGUAAACAAAGCAAAUGUAAACAAACUAUAUAGCCUCAAAACAUGGUUAAAACUUUAAGUCCUUGCAUCCAUAGCACUGUCUAUGAGGGUGUUAGAAUUAGAGGGUGGUUCGAUUUCUCCAGUCCCAUCCCUCAGCUUUUAACCGAACCAGGGGCGGGGCUUCUGCUUUGUUAUUGUUUUUACCACUGAUUGCCACUUUCAUGAAGUCUCUCUAUCUCUCCUCAUCCUCCCUGUCUCUCUGUCUCUCUCCUUGCCCCCCCCCCCCCCCCCUCUCUCUCUCUCUCCAGGAGGCCUUGAUCCUACCAGUGUCUCAGCAGCAUCUCCUAAUCCAAGUGAGUACCCAACUACCUAAAACCAUUAAAGACAACAUCUAAUCUCUUACCAUUACCACCAAAGCAAUUGGUAGCUCACAAUUAUAUAGAGCCACAUUUUACUAUAUGUUUAGUAUCAUAGUGUUUGUUAUUGUGUUAUUUUUUCGUUAUUUUGUUAUGACAUUGCGACUGCGGUUUAUUAAGCUAUAACAAUGGACUGUAUAGUAAAUCAAUCUCCCUUGCAGGUGGACCUGAUUUAACAGGCCUCUCCUACGUGGGUCGGGUAAGAGCUGGAUACGAGACGACCUUCACCUGUACCUCCAACUGCAUCCCAGGAUGCACCCACACCUGGUUGCUGAAGGGACGCACUUUCAAUGGGAGUGAGUUGACCUGGACCCCAGACGGUCUGGACCGUAUUGUGGAGCUGCAGUGUACUGCGGUCAACACAGAGAGUGGGAGCUCCAAGAGCAUAACCACAAUCUUGGAGGUGAAAAGUACGAUAUUUUUUUGUUUUUAACUUACAGUCAAGUGUGAAUGUGGUCCCAGAAAUGGAACCUACUAUCCUGGCGUUGCAAGAGUCAUGCUCUACCAACUGAGCUACAGAGGCUCACACUACUGUAGCCACCACUGCAACCUGUAUUACAGAUGUCUAAAUCUAGUGUCAACUCUUUCCAUCCUGUGCAACAUGCUGAGGUGCAAAGAAAAUAAGAAUACUUUAUAGUCCAUUGUCCUUACAGUUCAUCCACAGAAAUGUGUCUUUUCGCUUUCAAGCGCUCUUAAGAAAGCACAGUAUGGAAAACCAGCUAUCUGCCCUGAUUGAAUCUGCCUAAGAUCCCUAACCCUAACCAUCCCUCCAAUCACACCUCUGGAUCUCCCCUCUGUGUGUUCCAGACUCAGUUUCCGUGAGGCCCAGACCACAACUCUCUCUCCCCAUCCUCAACCAGUCCUUCAGCCUGGACAGUGACGGCUCCUUCCCAGGCCUGCCAGUGCUCUGGUACAAAGACGGCCAGGUUGUAGCUCCAGACGCAAGGAUAGACGUGUUAGAACACAACACCUCCCUCCACUUCAACUCCCUGCUGCCCUCUGAUGGUGGCUUCUAUCAGUGUGAGGCGAGCAUGGCAAACCUGUCUGACAGAAAGGUCAUAAGCUUGGGCUACCUGCUAAACUGUGAGUAUAUGAUGGAAUGCCUAUGCUUCAUUUGAGAGAAUCAGUAAAUAUGGGUGAUGCUGUCCAAUUUUCCUUUAAAAAAUGAAGAGGCAAAGCUAUUUGCUGACAUUUUCUUCCUUUGCUGACAGUUGAUCAUUGGAGUGUUAGUAUCAGUGGCCCUGACACAGUGUUGCCUGGGAGGGAAUACACCUUUACCUGCCAGGUGAACUGCACCAUCGACCUGGACUGCUCCAUCCGCUGGCCAUUGAAGGGGGGUAUCCUCACUAGCACCUACCUCUCCAUGAACAGGAACAUCCUGAAAUGGAUCCCAUCGGUACCUGGUACAGUCCAGAACUUCACCUGUGUGGUGGAGAACACAGCAGCUGGACGCUCUGCAGAGGCCUCCAAGACAGUGAAGGUCACA